AUGCUGAGGGUGACCCCCGACGACCCGAAGCUCUGGUGCGCCCUCGGUGACGUCACCGGCGACACCAGCCACUACGAGGCCGCCUGGGCGCGCUCCGGCCGCCGCAGCGCGCGCGCGCAGCGCUCCCUUGCGCGCGCGGCGCUCAAGCGCAAGGACUGGGGCGCCGCGGCCGGCCACUUUGAGCUGGCGCUGGCACUCAGCCCGCUGUACCCUGAUGCCUGGUUCAGCCUCGGCUACUGUUACCUGCGGACAGACCGCGAGGCCAAGGCGCGGCAGGCCUUCACCAAGCUGACUCAGCUGGAGCCAGACCAUGGAGAGGGCUGGGCCAACCUCGCCGCCCUGUGGCUGCAGGCCGGCCAGUGGCAGCAGGCGCUGUCGGCGUCUGAGCAGGCGGUCAAGCACAAGCGCGAGAGCUGGCAGGCCUGGGAGAACUACGCGGCGGCGGCGCUGCGCGCCGGCGCGCUGACGGCCGCCGCGCGCGGCGUGCAGCAGGUGCUGCAGCUGUCGGAGGGGCGCCGGCUGCCGGCGCCGCUGCUGGCGGGGCUGGUGGACGGGAUUGAGGGCGCGCGGCGGGCGCUCGAGGUGCGGAAGGCGGCGGCGGCAGCGGCAGCGGUGGCGGCAGGGGAGGAGCGGGGGGAAGGGGAGCGGGAGGCGGCGGACGGGCGGCCGCAGCAGAACGGGCAGCAGCAGGCGGAGGAGCAGCAGCAGGAGCAGCAAGAGCAGCAGAAGCAGCAGCAGCAGCAGCAGCAGCAGGAGCAGCAGCAACAAGACGAAGAGGGAGAGGAAAUGGAGGCGCCAGGGGAGCUGCUGGGUCUCCUGCGCAUGGCCCAGGCGCUCCCAGGGGACACCCCCCGCCGCGCCGGCGGGCCGCCCGCCGCCGCCGCCGCCACGUCAGCAGAGUCCGACGAGCGCCAGCUGGCGCAGGCCGCCGCCGCGGCCGGCGCGGCGCUCAAGGCGGCCGCCAACGCGCCGGCGUGCGGGCCGGAGGUGUGGGGGCUGCUGGGGCGGUGGUACGCGCUGCAGGGGGAGGCCACGUCAGCAAAGGAGGCCCUGCUUAAGCAGGUGCGAGCUCUGCAGGGCUCCCCCUUUGCGCGGGAGCCGGCCGCCUUUGCCGAGAUGGCUGCCGCGUCGGCGCAGAUGGCGGACGCCUAUUUGGCGCUCGUCGCCGUGGGCCAGGGCGGCGCGCGCGACCUCAGUGCUGCGCGGAUGCACUUGAGGGGGGUGCUGCGGCAGGCGGAGGAGGCGUUUGGGGGCGGCGAGGCUCACGAGAAGCUGCAGGGGAAGCUGCGGGAGGUGGAGGCGGCGGAGGCGGAGUUCAAGGCCAAGGCGGCGGCUGCCGCGGGGUCUUCGUAA